AUGGAGGCGGCGGGGACUCCAUUGCCCGCCAGGGUGGCUGCUGCAAGCGCCGCCCCUUCGGUGCCCGCCAAGUCUCUACUCAUCCGGAGGGACCCCUGCUCCAAAUUUAACGUGGGCACCUCUUUUUUCGGCCGAAAACCCUCUCAGAAAUCCAUGUAUGGGGAAAGGAUUUCCUCCGGAGGGAAGCCCCGGCCGCAGAAUUUGUCUCUGGUGUCAGCUUCCUUGGGUGGUCUGUUGGGUGGGAUAUUCAAGGGAACUGACACGGGGGAGUCCACGAGGAAGAAGUAUGCGGACGUCGUCGCAUUGGUGAACAGGUUGGAGCCGGAGAUAAAGAGACUGUCGGAUUCGGAGCUGCGGGACAGGACGUCAGUUUUGAAAGGCCGGGCGCGGAAUGGCGAGUCAUUGGAUUCACUUUUGCCUGUAAGUCUGGAUUAGACCCCCGGUCAAUGAUUGUGUGCUUAAAUCACAGCGUAAUUAGUGAUAUUUGGGAAGAUUACAUUUGUCUUCUACGGUCUCGGACAGCAGAAUAAUUUGGACGGCCGGAUUUCUGCGAAAUUCAGUUUGUCAUCCGUUCUCGCAAAUGGCGGGAUGCUUCACAGGAUUUCUGGGCUUGCUAAAUUCUUUUUUUUUCCUGUGUUGAAACGUUCUAAUUACAUAAAUCCCUAGGACACUCAAACUUCUGGCGAUGGGGUCUGGAUUCCUACCAAGUGGUCUCGUACAACAGUUGUGCAUGGAUAGAACGAGCUUCGAUAUCUUGAAAAAACCGAUUCGUCCUUGCAUUUAAUUGAAAUUUUUUGAUCAGGAUAUGGAACGCAUACUUUCAUCUAUGGAAAAUUUUCUUGGAAAAGUUAUUCAAGGUUCCAGAUGCCAUACGAGAAUUCGAUUUUGAUAUCUGAUAUUCCUAGCUUCACACAAAGUGCCGUGUACCAGUGUCACAUGAAAAGGGCUUGCAUUAUUUUAAAGUAUAUAGUUCCUCUAGUUUAUGGAGAUCUCAGUCACUAUCUUCGUUGAAGAAUUUAAAAUACCUCUUUAUGUUAGAUAUCUCUAUCACUAUCUUGGUUGUGAUUAUUUCUUUACGACUAUAUUUCACUGCUGUUGUCAUUAUUUCUCAUAAAUUAGUAUCUCAAUAGUUUACGUGGUAUACUUCAAUAUGUGACAGCCGUCAGCUGGCUAGAUUUUGUUCAAGUUAAUCAUGGAUAUUUUCUUGGGCUGUUCAACCUUUUUUUGCCAUGAGCACGCCGAUGAGAUAACUUUGAAACCGAGUGAUAUUUUUUAGAAAUGGUUAAAAAGUAGUGACUGGAAUCUUAGGAUAUUGGUCUAAAUAAGUUAGCAAAACAGCGCAAUUACCCAGUUGAAUUAUAAUGUAGCCAUGCACGCAACAUUCUCAUCCAGAAACAUUCCUGAUACUUGUGAAUUUGAUAACCACACAGUUAACCACCAACGAAGAGAAUCACUCCAAAAGUAUUUAUCGAACAGGCCAUUAACCAGACCCCCCCCACCCACCCACACACACACACACAAUGAAAUGCCAGUAUAAGAUCCAUCCUUGAUCCGAUUUAAAGGCUGAUUUGGAUUUGCCUGAUUGAGUGCAAAAAACAUAUUCAACUGAGUCCAGGAUGAGUAUAUUUUUAAUUAUUAAUCUUAUAAGUUUUUGAUGAUGAUGAAGAGAGGAAUUGAAUUACUUCCGCAUAGAUUAUCUUGACGGAGGUUCGUCAUUAUAUCAGUUUAACAGUUUUUUGUCGUAAUUUGAGUCAGUUGAGCUCAUGGUUUUCAGUGUUUAGUGAAACAGUUGAUUCUGUAGUCAACGAUUAAGAGGUUUCCUCUAUGCCUCAUUGAAUUUAUUUUAUGGUCAAAGUAUGGCGUUGACACUUUUAUCUUUGUGCUCGUUUGCAGGAGGCAUUUGCUGUCGUAAGAGAGGCAUCUGUGAGAGUCUUGGGACUACGCCCCUUUGAUGUACAAGUAAUAGGUAUCUUCUACACGAAUUCUGGUGGGCCAGUUGUUAUUCUUCAAGGAGGGGGUGUUUUUUGUCAACCAACAGAAGCGUUUCUUUGUCAUAAACUUCAAAGUUUCUUUUUCCGAAGUUCUGGGUACAAAAUAUCUAGGAAAACAAGACUUUAAGGUUGGCCUGUUGCACCAACAACAAGGCAAUCGCCUAUGAUUCCGUCUUAUCAAGGUAUUUUAAGAAAGAUGCGAUACUUAUGUCUAACACUUCUCAGUGAAUAAAAUAUUACAUAUUUGGAAGUGCCGUUCUUGGAUAAAGAUACUGGAGAGAAGUUCUAUAUGAACAUGUAUAAAAGCCAUCCUCUAAGAAAAAGAUAGUUAAUGUUUUACAAUUACAUGAAUCUCUUUCUCUUGUGAUUUUAAAAAGUGGUAGAAUCAGAUAAACUUAUGUAGACGACUAUCAGAAGAACUUCACCUGAAUUUAUGGGGUUAUUACCUCUUUUGUCUGCUGAAUUGGAAAGCAAGAGCCAGAAUUGGGUGAGAUUGUCUCAUUGCUGUAUUGAAUUGAUUGACCUUCAUCCCUUGUUUCUUGAUCUAGGAAAUUCCAGGCUGGAAAGUUGUAAACUUCAACACAGUUGUUUAUUUUUGGCAUAAAAUCAGUUAAAUGGGACAGUGUAUGUUUCCUUUCUGUCUGCCUGAAAUCAUCAAAAGGGAAACAUUAGAGAACAGCUGAAAUGAAUAAUAAUUUCCUACGCUUCAGUUUUAGAGACCAUUCUGGAUGCUAAGUUAUGCUUUUAUACUUUUGUGCUGGGUGGACCUGAUGGCCAAAAGUCGAUGCAUAUUGCUGAUUAAUCAUUAGCUCAACAACAGUGCUAGAUAAACACAUAUCAUUACUUUCGUUUGAUGGGAUAUGGAACUCUUAAACGCGUCACAUCUGUUUAUUAGGAUUCGGAUCAUGAAGAACUCUUGUUUUCCAAUAGUCCUGGUUUCAACUGCAAAGUUAAAGUAUUCGUUUGGAUUUUCUACCUUUGGUGCGGUAAAAUAGUCUAUCAAACUUCGAAAUGGAAGAUUGAACAGCAGCUAAUCUGAAAAUUGAAUGGGAAAGAGAAAAUAUGAUAACACAGUGAUCUAGGGUGUUGUUUAUUGAUAUGCUUAUGUUAUCUUUGUUGAUUGUGCAGGUGGCAUGGUCCUUCACAAGGGAGAAAUAGCGGAAAUGAAGACUGGUGAAGGAAAAACACUUGUUGCUAUCUUGCCUGCUUACUUAAAUGCCUUGAGUGGGAAGGGCGUCCAUGUUGUAACUGUGAAUGAUUACCUUGCUCGACGUGAUUGUGAGUGGGUCGGUCAAGUACCGCGUUUUCUAGGGAUGCAGGUUGGGCUAAUUCAACGUAUGUCACAUUUUCCACAAUCCUUACUCACCUUGUGUUCUGGUUAAUACCUGUGAUUUAGGACCCUUGAUCAAAAGUUUUAUGCUUUUAUGAUUUUCUAAUUGAUACUUUAGAGAAAGAGGUUGAUUUACGUUGAAGACUGGUCUGUCUAAUCAGGAAACAAAUGUCCUUCACAUAAUCCUUUAUGAAGCUAUUGUAUCUUUCUUUUACUUACCUACUGGAUUCACAUACUGCGUCACAGAAUCAACAAUAUCACUCCCGUUUCUAGUGCUUUGUGAAGCAUGGAUGCAAAUAAUCGUUGCUAAAAUGGAUACCAAAAUUUUGGUAUUGUAAGAUUUUUAACGAAUUUCUUAACUCUUUUUUGGUAAAUGGCACGUGCAUCCCUAGUUACUUUACAUUAGGGAACUUCUACAUGUAUUUAUUUUCUUUCUCACCGUGAUUUUUGGGAUUUAAACGUAGGAGGCUACUGAUACUCUUUUCAUUCUGUAUGUAACUUUUCUUGAACGCAAUCUUUCAAAUUUUCUGUAUGACAGAAAAUUGGAAAUUGCUAUUUUAAGCAUUCAGAAUUUUGCAUUUAGCUUGAUGACCAAAAGACGUUCACCGGGAAUGUAUUUUUCUAUCAGUAUUUCCACCCAUGAUCACUUAACUUUGCGUUUCUGACUUUCUUGAUUUAUAGCAUCAAAUGAUUUGUCUGAUCCCAAUGUGUUUUAUUGACAGAAAACAUGUCAAGUGAACAACGGAGAGAAAACUACUUGUGUGACAUUACAUAUGUCACAAAUAGUGAACUUGGUUUUGAUUAUUUGAGAGACAACUUAGCCACGGAAAGUAAAAUAUUCCCUCCCAUUUGUUCACAAGUUUUUAAAAUAUGAAUAUUUUUCUGCGAUACUUGCCUGACAGACUUUAAUGGACCUUGAUGCAUGCAGAGCGUAGAUGAGCUUGUGUUGAGAGGCUUCAAUUACUGUGUUAUCGAUGAGGUCGACUCCAUUCUUAUUGAUGAAGCAAGGACACCACUCAUCAUUUCUGGGCCUGCGGAAAAACCAAGUGAACGAUACUACAAAGCAGCAAAGAUCGCGUUUGCAUUUGAGAGAGAGAUACAUUACACAGUAAGAUGCGAGUCUUUUCUGACCAAUCACUGCGAUCUUAUGCCUCAGAACCAUGGUUUUGUAAAUACUAUGGAAGAGCUCCUCUUUUGCCUCACCAAUUGAUUUGCUCGGGCAUAAUUGGCCACUUUUACAGAUCAGAAAUACCGUUUGUAAAUCUAUUUUCAAAUAAUUUAGUUUGAUAAAUUAGCAAAAAUGAGAUUUAUCUUCACAACUCAUUUGUCGACUUGGAGUAACAGGUGGAUGAAAAGCAGAAGACGGUCCUACUCUCAGAACAGGGCUACCAGGACGCUGAAGAAAUUUUGGAAGUUAAAGAUCUGUAUGAUCCUAGAGAACAAUGGGCAUCAUAUAUUUUAAAUGCAAUAAAGGCAAAAGAGCUAUUUCUCAGAGAUGUAAACUAUAUUGUCCGUGGCAAAGAAGUUCUUAUUGUGGAUGAAUUUACGGGGAGAGUCAUGCAGGUAACUCCAAUCAUGCCACUACCCCCAUGUUGGUUAAUUAGUAAUGAGUUCUAUUAUUCUUUUUCAUUAUGGGAACUAAUAUACGUCUCAACUCAGAUCUAGUAAGGUAAAAUCAACCAAUAUAGAAGUGAUUUUUUUUAUUUUUUUAUUUAUCAAUUCGUCUCAUAUUUUUCCUUGAGGAUGAGUAAACUUAAUAAGGAAUUAGGUAUACUCACCAAAUUCUGGCAAAACAUAUUCAACUGUGUGGAGUGCACAAACCAAGCGUCAAAAUUAAAGAAAUCAGUUAUAUCAAAAAUUAGAAAUGUGCCAAGAAUGUUGAUUCAAAUAUUCAUUUUUUUUUUAAAUGACCGUCAAUGAGCUAGAUAGAGAGUCGUAAUUUUGAGUCUUGUAAAGGGAAUAUGGAUGCAUGAGGAGUGAUGACAUAUUUCAUUUGUUGAUUAGCAACUAAUUCUUUUACCAUAAUUCUAACAAAGUUCUCAUUUUAUGACAUAUGACCUCAUUUAUUUCCAUAACAUGCAGACACUAUGGUAGAACAUCCCCACAUUUUCUGCGAGAAGUGAACUCGUGAUUGAAAUUUACUGGCCUACUUCAUUCAUAGCCAAUUGUUUCAGGGACUUCCUGAUUCUUUCACGUUAUAUCACAACUUCAAGAUUCGUCCCUGAGAUGUGUGUACCCCGUUUCUGUUGUUCCAUUCUGUGUACCAGGCUGUAUGAAGCCAUGAAGGACUCUUUCAAGCUUUAGCUUCCGAGCUUUUUUUGACGAACAUAUCUGAUAAUGAUUUGGGGUGUCAUUGUGGCCUUUUUCAGCGCUAAUAAUCAAGAGCCUCACCUCGAUGUUCUAUAGGUCGACUUUGCAGUGCCCUAGAACGCAUUGUUCUCCUCCAAGUGUUAUAUGCCCCAUUGUAUUUAGAAAUCCACGAUCAGGAUGAAAUUUUGCCAUUUCGUUUGAUUGUGUCAUUCUUUCUAAUGCAGUUCUUUUGAACCUAAACUCGUCUUUCGAACUUUUAAGAUUUAUAAACGCGAUUUCUGUUUUCUUAUCACUUUGGCGUUACUCGGUGUGCCAUGUUUACAGGGUAGGCGAUGGAGUGAUGGCCUCCACCAGGCAGUUGAAGCGAAGGAGGGAGUGCCAGUUCAGAAUGAGACUGUGACACUGGCCUCGAUCAGUUAUCAGAACUUCUUUCUCCAGGUGAGGAUAUUAUCAUGCUUGUGAGUAAUUAAUUGCAAUGAAGCUCUAUCUUCCGGAUUCAUUCACUCAUGUUUACCCAUGCAGUUUCCUAAAUUAUGUGGGAUGACUGGUACAGCAGCAACUGAAAGUACGGAAUUUGAGAGCAUAUACAAACUGAAAGUUACUGUUGUUCCGACAAAUAAGCCCAUGAUAAGAAAGGUAUGCUUCUCUGCUAUCUUAUAAUUAUAAAAUCAUUUAAAAAUUCGUCUGUGGGAUUAAGAAGGUCAAAGUUGUGUGGAACAUUUAACAUUUGGUAAUGUCAGGUUAAAUCUCAGUCCUAUUUCCUUUUAUUCUCCUUGGACCAAGAGACAUGUGGUAAUGCUGGGUGACUUCGUCAUAGGGUAUAUGAUUCAUUGCUCAAUUGAAAUGUGACCUUAGGAAAUUUGAAACUUUUUUUCAUUUUUUGUGAGUGGUGAGGAUUAAUUGGUGAUCGUUUUACGAAAUUUUAUGUUUAUCCCAUAACUUUGGGGACAAAGUCCUAUGCGUGUAUGUCUCUUGUCUGUCACAGCUUAUAUGUUAACACGAGGAUAGAUGCUACAAAAAAAAUUAAUUCUGGCCCUGUAGGAUCACAGCUUUUAGGCUUUCUAGAACCACCUUUUGAGAAUUACCGUCCAUUGGCAUUCUUACUUUUACGUUUUGUGUUAUAUUUUUUAGUCUAUUUACUAAUUAUUUGUUUUAGAUUUUAUCUAGCACUGUUGUUUGGUUAUAAUGUUUCUAAAAUGUGAACUAAUAAAUACUUACUAAUUAUUUGUGGGUUUUUCUCAAAUUCUUAGCCAAUGUAUUUAUUUAUAUGAAGUGGUUACCUUUUGCUGAAAGCUAACAGUUGCCAUCUGUCUAGUUUAUGGUUGAUUCUUGAAAUGGAUUGUACUCAAGUAACGAAUUUAGCUACACACCAUCUUUUUUUAUAUUUAUUUUGUAGUUGAUGUUUAUGGAAACAUCAGACUGCCUCUGAAAUCUUCUUGGACGCUUUUCAGGAUGAGUCCGAUGUUGUCUUCAGGUCAACAACUGGAAAAUGGCGUGCUGUGGUUGUGGAAAUAUCCAGAAUGAACAAGAUUGGUCGCCCUGUACUUGUUGGCACAACCAGUGUUGAGCAGAGUGAAUCCUUGUCACAACAACUGCAAGAAGCUGAAAUUCCUCACGAGGUAAUGUGGAUAUCAUUUUUCCACGGGAGUGUAUUAAUGAAGUCAACUUCCCUCGUGUAUUAUUUUGUUGUCUGAAUCUAAUUCUACUAUCAUAUGAAGAUAUUUGGCAAGGUUUUAGUAGAAAUCCCUGUCUGUGUAAGAAUCCGAAUUCUGUUUUGAAUUAUGAAAAUUUCUAUGCAUUCUAGGGUAUUUUGUUAAAAGGCUAGAACCAAUUUUCCUUAAUUUCUGUGAUAAUUAUACGAAUCAAAUGUGGAUCAUUUUGAUGCAGAACUAUGGAUGUGGAAAACGAAUUGAGAAUAUUCAUUUUUGUCAAAAGUUACUUCUCUAACGGAAUUAGUAAAAGUCACUAGUCUAAGACGGUCCCUUCACAUUUUUCAUAUUUUGAGAUUAUUAAUUUAUCAACAUGUUUUAGUAAGUACAUGAGUGACAUGCUCCUAGUAAUUAUGCUACUAAGAAUCAUCAAUGGGAGCUCAGCAUCGCCCAAUUUUCAAGUUGCUAACUCAACUACAUCCUGUUAGUUUGCAUGUACUGAUCUGAGUCAUCAAACCUUGAUGUUGGCCAAAUCCAACCGAGAUAAAAUCAAAUUGGCCAAAUCAGCUGUAACUUGAGGGAGAAGGCUGGUGUGUCGGAACAUACAAAAAAACUGAAGGGAGUUUUUGUAUACAGUUGUUUAACUAUAUUUAUAUAUAUAUUUUUUUAAAAUCCCGAACUACUAAAGAUGUAAACCAUUGGCCCUACUAUUUAUUGUCUUCUCUACGUCUAGAUGAUUGAUAACCAAUUUUUUCAAUGAAAUUUUGGAAAGUUUGAUUUGAUCUUUCCAACUUCCAAUCGAUGAAACGUGGAACAAGUUGUGUAGAUGUACUUCGAGAUGAAUUAGUCGACUAAUAGGAAAAUGCAUUUUGAAUAUAUUUCUUCUUUCUUGCUUUUUUGAGUCUUUUGAUUACAAUUCAGCUCCUGAUAUUCUUACUUCGCUAUGAAACUAUUUGAAGGUUCUUAAUGCAAAACCAGAGAAUGUUGAGAGGGAAGCAGAAAUAGUGACCCAGAGUGGUCGUCUUGGGGCUGUAACUAUUGCAACAAAUAUGGCUGGGCGAGGGACGGACAUAAUCCUAGGAGGUAAUGCAGAGUUUAUGGCGAGGCUGAAGUUGCGCGAAAUCCUCAUGCCCAGGUAUUUAUUGCAAUUAUAAGCAUCUAACAUCUUCUAGACUGAAUGCUCAGCCUGUUUCGCUUUUACAAACCCUAGUUGGCGUAGUUGUCAUUAUAAGAUUAACCCUGACACUACUUUGCCAGUUCAUGCUCAGGCGGUGGUCCUCCCGGUUCUAGUGAAGAGUAAAAAUGAACAGUAGGAAGUGGGAAAAGAGGGAAAAAAAGAAAGUGGAGCUGUAUUUAGGAUUUUUACUUUAUGAUCCACUUGGGUAUCCCCUUGUUUUAUGGGAUAUUAAAACUUCAUUAUUGAUGACUACAGGCAAGCUUCAAUAUACUUAACCUUGAAAGUUGUAUCCUAAUAGUAAUCGUAUUAUAAGUCGUGGUCAAUAAUAAUCCUCUUCUGAAUCAUAGUAUGAACGACUUAAGUUUGUCUUCUUAACCAGAAACUUAAUUCUACAGAGUUGUUAAGCCAGUGGAAGGGACAUUUGUAUCUGUGAAGAAGCUUCCACCAAGAAAGACAUGGAAGGUACUGAUCGAACAUGGUUUAACUAAAAUGGUACUUUUUGAAGAGUCAAGCAUCUUGUGAUUUCAAAUAGUUUAUUAGAAAUGAUCUUGAUCUCAGGUGAAUGAUGUGCUGUUUCCGUGCAAACUAUCUAAAGAGAAAACUUCACUGGCUGAGGAAGCAGUUGAGUUGGCUGUCCAAACAUGGGGACAAAGGUCACUUACAGAGAUUGAAGCAGAAGAACGGCUUUCAUAUUCCUGUGAGAAGGUGAAAUCCGUUUAAUGAUGACUGAUAAAUUCCUUUAUUUUUCCUGGAUCAUAAUGUAAAAUGUUCAUUAUCUUGGAAUCCUGGGGAUUUUUUUUUCUAGAUAUUCAAGUUUAGAUUAUUUUCACGGUGAAAUGAAAAAACUUCUGACGUAUUUUCUCUUGAGAAAAUUUAGUUAAUGUUGAUCUAUGUAUAAAGGUGAUUCGGGAGUGAAGCUAAUGAUUGCUCCAAUGGAAAAAUUCAGGGCCCUACUGGAGAUCAAGUAAUAACAAAAUUGAGGGAAGCUUUUAUGAAGAUUGUUGAAGAGUACAAAGUUUAUACAGAAGAGGAAAAAAAAAAGGUUCGAUCAAUCUCCCGACUCAGGUUUUGAAAAUUUGAUCUCACGAUGAGAAGACUGACGAUGACUGCUCAUUUAAAAAAUAUCUUCAGGUGAUUUUAGCAGGUGGGCUCCAUGUGGUGGGGACAGAACGCCAUGAAUCUCGAAGGAUCGACAAUCAGGUAGGAAUUUGUGAGCAUUCAAAACAGGUUUACAUUAUCAUCUGGAUACAUUUAUUUAAGUGCACGCUUAUACUUUUUUCUUCUUUCCACUGUAAAUGAUAUGCCUGAUGGGCAUUUGUCUCUUUCUCUUGAUUGUGUUAUCUCCUGAUUAUAUCUGGUGGCGUCAUAUUAACUGAAUCAAAUAUUUGUGUAGUAGUCUGAUUCGUUAUUUACUGAGAAAUGAGUUUCACUCCUAUGUUUAUCAAUAAAAUAAAAUGGAUCAAACUGCUGGAAAUUUUGAAAUGGGGUGCUCUGUAACAGAAAGUGCACCUUUGUUACUCCUUCGCUCUUUUUCCCAGCCCAUCUUCAUCAGCUACAGCCGGCAUCUGUGAUAGCAUGAAGGGCGUACUGGGAUACGGAACAGAAAAAAACCCAUUUCUGUUACAUUUUUUUCUUCUUCUUUCGGUUAUGCUUCCCCUGUUCCCCUCCCCCCCUCUUCUUCUUCCUCCCCUUGCUGCAGCCUGUAGAACCCUUUACAUUAUCUUCUUCUUUUCUUCAUCAUCAUCUCAAUUCGUUCCCCAACUGCAAGGGAGGCAGAAAACAACAUCCUUGUGUUCUUCGCACAUAUUAUUCGUAGCUGGUGUGUAUGCAGCAGCUAGAUUUCCGGCAACGUAUCUAGAAUAUUUGAAUAAGUGAAGGCCUUCCUCAUUGCUAGAGAAAGAACAUGAAAUACAAUUUUGCUCUAUUUUAAUCAGGCAUUCCUCCUCAUUUGAUCUUAGAUUUUGAAAGAAGGAAUCACACGUAGACAUACUGAUGAUAGGCAUGGAGUUAGUUGGUCUAUGAGUAGAGGCUCAUAGGUCACCUGAAGAAAGAUAUUUUUAUCUCGAUCCAUAUUCUGAAAGACCUAGUGCUCUAUUCGAGACCCUGCCCAGCCUGAAAUGAGCCGACUCGAGUGGAAUCGGCUUGUUUCCAGGUGAUUUUUUGUUUGUUUUUUUUUUUUUUUGGGUCAAAGUGGGAUUGUAAAUCCCCCUGAAAUGAGAUGAGGGGCAUAAGUGGCUUGACACAGGUGAUGGGUGAUAUGCUACAGACGAGACUGAAUGAAAGUCAUCAAAUUAGCGAUAUUUUGACCAAAUUCAUUAUGGAUGACAUUGUGUCAAUGCAUGCGGCAUGAAAGAAAGAAAGGGGGGGGGGAACACUUGACGACAUUGCUCCAGCUAUCUUGUCUAUAAACAUGUUCAUAUCAAACUAAGUCUUUGUGCCAUUUAACUUCAAAUAUUGAUGGAAAGUCUGGUUACUCUUCAUAUCUAUUCGUGAAAGCUCUCCAUAUGUGAUUCACCAAUUUUACUGCAUAUUGGCCAGCUUUCUCGCUAAAUGGGGCUGAUUUUGUCGUGCUCAGACAUGAGUUGAUCAUGUGAAACCUUUUCCAUUCAUUUUCUUCGAGUUGACGUACGAUUUCUCAGUUAUUGCUUGUCAAAAUGAUAGCAUUCUGUUGGGAGAUUCCUCACUGCAGCUAAAAACUUAUGAUUAUAAACAUAGGCCUAUCCUCUCAUUGCCAGUUGAUUCGGAUUUGGAUAACCCAAUAACUCCUAUAUAAUUCACUUGAAUUCUGUCUCUUAUUAGAAUUAUAUUUUGGCGUAUGUACAUGGACAUUCGCAUCUCUCUCUGUCGGCAACCAAGGAUUGGAUUUUUGCCUGUAUUUCAGUGUAAAUAUUUCGGUGAUAAUAUAUCUACUCGUAUUAUUUUAUUUUUUUGGUCGCUUUAUUCCCCUGAAGUGCUUGAAAAAAUGGGUUUCUUUUCUUUGUGUUUACUUAUCCAUUUGUGUCUUGCCUUGUAUGUAUUCUUGGGGAUGCAGCUACGAGGUCGAAGUGGUCGACAAGGGGAUCCUGGUAGUUCUCGUUUCUUCCUGAGCCUUGAAGACAAUCUCUUCCGAAUAUUUGGUGGCGACAGGAUUCAGGUAGUUCAUGGUCGCAUCAUAUCUUCUGUCCCUCCCUUAUACUAUCCUGAAUCAAUGCUCAAGUGCCAUUGGGGUUGCAUUGUGCAGGGCCUGAUGAAGGCAUUUCGAGUUGAGGAUCUUCCCAUCGAGUCUCAGAUGCUGACGAAGUCGCUAGAUGAGGCCCAAAGGAAAGUCGAGAACUAUUUCUUUGACAUCCGAAAGCAGUUGUUCGAAUACGAUGAAGUGUUGAACAGCCAAAGGGAUAGGAUCUACGCUGAGAGAAGGCAGGCGCUUGAAUCUGAUAAUCUGCAGACCCUCAUUCUUGAGUACGCAGAAUUGACCAUGGACGACAUCUUAGAGGUACCCAAUAGCCCAGAGGAGUCACUUCCAGAUGCAUGUGCCCAUAUUUAUUGAACGUAAUUUCGAUAUCGUGAUGCAUCAUGGAUAGGCGAACAUCGGCCCAGAUGCCCCGAGGGAGAGUUGGGAUCUUGAAAAGCUUAUCUCAAAGCUGCAGCAGUACGUGCUAAACAGCCUUUAUGCCCUCUUUAAGCUUUCUCGUCUAUAUUUAGAAAGCCUGAAGCUAAAGUGCUGAAGAAUAAGUUUCUACUAAUUGUUGGGUCCUCAGGUAUUGCUAUCUCUUGGAGGACUUGACCCCUGAGCUACUGCAAAGCAAGUGUUCUAGUUAUGAGGAACUGCAGGAAUACCUCCGUGUACGAGGCCGAGAAGCAUACAAGCAAAAGACUGUAAGUUGACAACUUUCCCUUGUUUCUAUUUGUGAAUAAUUUUUGGGUUUUCAUUGCAGCAUGUUUCUCUUUGGUCUGGAAUUUAUUUUUCCAAAUAUGGUGCCAAUCUUGCUGCAUGAUUUCCCGUUUGGAAGUUUAAUUCUAAACUUUAUAAAAAUCUGAUUUAUUCUCUUAGAAUCUUACUUAAGUUGAUAAAUUAUUUGACAAUCUUCACUUAUUACUCACAGAUUAUAAGAUCUGUAGUAACCAUAUCCCUCUCUCUCUCUGUCUCUCUCCUCCUCCACCUUGCAAGCGUUCUAUGGAUGAAUUAGUCCAAGAUCUUUAAUUUUCUCUCUCAUUUCCAGGAAAUUGUAGAGAAGGAGGCGCCUGGGCUGAUGAAGGAGGCCGAGAAAUUUCUAGUUCUGAGCAACAUUGAUCGACUAUGGAAGGAGCAUCUGCAAGCAAUCAAGUUCGUGCAACAAGCUGUUAGCUUGCGGGGAUAUGCACAGAGGGAUCCCCUUAUUGAAUACAAGCUCGAAGGUUAUAAUCUCUUCCUGGAAAUGAUGGCCCAGAUCAGGAGAAAUGUGAUAUAUUCCAUCUACCAGGUUUGCUUCUGAUCCUGAACUCUUUUCUUUGCCCAAUAUCAGCGGAUGUUUAUUUUUAAUUUUUUUAGCUUAGAAAAAAAUAAAAUAAAAUAAAUCUCCACUGGGCCUUUUCUGUUGCAUCUACCACCAUGUUUCCAUUUGAUCCUGAUUUUUUUUUCCUCUGUUCUCCUUUGCCAAUUAUUGUGACGCAUUUCGAGAGCCAUUUUUUUCCAAUUUAUUUCUCUUGAGAAAAUAAAUGAAUGAAAUAUCUCCACUAGGUAUUUUUUACUUUGUUCUUUCCAACCUUGUAAUGAGGAGAGCUUUGAUAAUAUUUAUUCUAAUUCAUUUUUUCAGAAAAUAAUUAAAAUAGCCUCGUCAAAUCUUUUCCGUUCUAUUUUAUUCCUACUUAAGAUGACACUCAGAGGAUCCUUUAUCCACAAUUUAUUCAUAUUUUUAGUAAAAAUAUCUGGCAAAGCUUUCACUUCUCUUCUUUCCCAACAUGUCAGAAGGACUUUAAGGAUCAUUUAUUUCCAAUUUUUUUAUUCUUAAAAUAGAUGUAUAAUAAACAUCUACAGAAUCUUUUCAGUCUCAUUCUUUCCGAAAGAUAUGAAGAGAAAAUUUCAGAACCAUUUUUCCCAAUUAUUAUUAUUAUUAUUAUUAUUAUUAUUAUUAUUAUUUGCGAGAGAUUGAUAAAAUAUCUUCACCGAGUCUUUUAUGUUCUUGUCUUUUGUCGAAUGUCAAGACUCUAAGAUCCCUUUAUUUCCUAUUAAUUUAUUUUUAAAGAAACUAAUAUUUCUCCGCUGAAUAUUUCCUUUUCCAUUAUUUCCCAACACAUCAGACAAACCUUGCCAUCGAGAUGAGAACUUUGGGAGCAUAUUUACACAUUCAUUUAUUUCUUCCACAAAAUAAUACUAAUAUCUGAAUAAUCAUGGAAAACAUCUCCGAUGGUUCCUCCAGUUCAAACCCGUGAUGGUCCAGAAUCAGCAGCAGCAGCAGCAGCAGCAGCAGCAGCAGGACAACAACUCCCGAAGAAAAGGGUCGAAGAGGAAGGGGAGCAACAGCGGAACCGGCGCCGUGGAGGCAGCUCAAGCUUCUUCAUAG